AUGAGGCUUUCAAUUGAGAAGUAUAAUAAUGCCAUUGAUGCUCAAAGGAAUCAAACUGAAAGGCUUGACUAUUAUGAUUCUAUAAUCUCUCCAAAAUAUGCCACUGAUUUAGCAUUUGAGAAGCAAUUGACAUCUGUAUACACGGAUAGGAUGUUUAGAGUGGUACAAGAAUUGAUUUCUGAGGCUGAUAAGAGUUGUCGGAUGAUUAGCAUGUCCACUUUGGAGAACAUCGAGGUCUUUAAAGUUUCUGAUGCUAGAAAGAAGACCUUCACAGUUACACAUGAGAUAGAGACUGAGUCAUUUGAUUGUGAGUGUAAACUAUUUGAAAGGUGUGGUUAUCUAUGCAGCCACCUUUUCUUCGUCCUCAGAAACAAAGAUGUCAACAAUAUUCCAGAGAAGUAUGUUGGUAACUGGUGGCUGAAAAGUGAAUUAUUGAAGGCAGUUCAUGGUCUCACGAGUGAUGAAACUGCGUCUGACAAAGGACGACGACAUUCUCUGAUAUUGACAUGUUAUAUGUUUGCUGGUUCUAACGAAGAUGACAAGCUACAUAUUGGUAACAGGUGUCAUGGACGUUACUUUGGUCUAUAUCAACGCGCUUUUAAGAAUAAAAAUCAUCUGAUUGCAUUGGAUAAUUUGCUUGAGGGUAUUGGUCCUCAAAUUUUUACUCAUGACACUACUGGAUCUUCAUCAGUUGAUAAAAAUUAUUCCAUCAAGAACAUAUAUGGUAUUGCUGUACCUGAAGAAAUAACUGCACAUGCUCCAGAUGUGGUUAGUACAAAGGGAGGUGCAAGUGACAAGAAAAGCAGGAUUAAGUCGAGCAUAGAGAAAGCAAUUGAAAAAGCAAGUAAACUUCAUAGGCAUUGUGGAAAGUGUCAUAAAGUGACUGAUCAUAAUGCCAGGAGUUGUGGCAAAAAGUAG